AUGUACAUGUUGUCUUGAAUAAGCAUAUAUGAAAUAGCUAGUUCUCCCGGUAGAGUUUCACAAAGAUAAGAUAUGGCGUGGAUGGCAAUGAUGGCGAAUUCUAUUCUUGUGCUGAUUGCCUUGGUUCCAUUGGCGCUUUGCGCCUUUCAGACGGAGAUGAAUCACGAUACGGAUCUCCACGAGGGUGAUAUCCGCCUCAACGCCGAGCAGAGCGUGGCACUAGAAGUACUAGGUGACCCCACGCAAAGGUUGAUGGGAGCACGCGGAAUCACAGCCAACGCUAGCAUGCUAUGGAGCCGAACUAUUCCUUACGUCAUCAGCAACGAGCUCCUUGCGAGUCCGGACGCAGUAGAAGCCAUCAUGCAGGGUAUCGAGGAGUGGGAACAGCGGUCAUGUCUCAAGUUCGUACGACGCACCAGCGAGAAGGAUUAUAUCAACAUCUUCCAAGGGUCUGGGUGCUGGUCGUAUGUAGGAAGGCAAGGUGGCGCUCAGAACCUUUCUCUAGCCUCAGGGUGCUGGCAAAGGGGGACCGUCGCACAUGAGUUUGGUCAUGCAAUGGGAUUUUGGCAUGAGCAAAGCAGACCGGACCGUGACGAUUAUGUGACCAUUGUCUGGGCAAACAUACCUGAAGAGAAGAAACAUAACUUCCGCAUGUACAGCCGCCUGGAAAUAGACUCUCUUGGCGUUUCUUAUGACUACCUUAGUAUCAUGCAUUACUCCCCUACUGCAUUUUCGUCGAAUGGUCAGCCCACCAUCAUACCGAAAGAUCCCAACGCUGUCCAGCUUGGGCAACGAGUAGGAUUCAGCUCAUCAGACGAGGAACAGGCCGAUCUACUCUACAAAUGCAACGGAGUAAAGAUAAAGCCAAUAAACAAGCGAUCACCAGAUCCAUGCACGUUCGAUACUCCCGGCGAUCUUUGCGGGUACACAAACGAAGCCGACGAUGACUUUGACUGGACUCAGCGCCUGGGUAAUACUCCGAGCGGAUCAACAGGACCAACCGCUGACCACACCACCGGACGAUGGGGUUGGUUCAUGUUCAUCGAAACCUCAUCUCCACGAAAACAGAACGAGACCGCGAGCUUGGUGAGCCCAGAGUUCCCACCCUCUGGCAAGCGGUGUCUGCAUUUCUACUACCACAUGUAUGGCAGUCAUAUGGGGAGCCUGGCAGUGACGUAUCGUAAUGCAAGCGCAGGGACUCAGGUUUGGGAGAAAAAGGGCGAUCAAGGAAAUGCCUGGAAACUCGCAAGUGUCCAGCUGCCGGCAUUUGAGGGUGGAUAUCAGGUCGCGUUCGUCGGCAAAAGGGGCGGUGGGUACCAGGGCGACGCGGCCAUUGAUGACAUCUACUUCACGGAUGGUGAUUGCUGUGCGGUGUCCGCAUAAACCCCAAAUGGAGUAAAAAUUAAUAAAGCAAGAAAUGGGAGCGCUAA